AUGUCAGUUCUCCAGAUGCUGAGAAUGGUGAUUCACAAAUCGUCACAUCCGAAAUCAAAAAACAUCAGAAAUUCAAUCAUUCUUAAAGGCAUGUUAGCUUGUCUAGUGUGUGGCAUGUACAAUGUCUUUCACAAAGAUAGAUAUGUACCUGUAGUAGUUGGUAUCGUAACCGUUGUAGUAGACGUAGAUAAUGUUGUUGUGGUCGUCGGCAAGGUUGUAGUGGUACUGGUUGUUGGGACAGUAGUUGUCGUUGUGGGUGCGAAAUCUACGAUUUUGCGAGCUAGGGCUUCGCUGUUUUCCUUUCCUAACACGUUUGGCAACGGUUGAGCGUAAAGUUUGCUUAUUUCCUGUGCAGGUAUUGUAGUAGAUACGAUCAUCGUUCUUCCAUCCAAACCUUCUUUCUCUUUGACGAGUUCCUCUAUGUCGUCUAGGUCGGUCCGCACAUCGACUUUGCAGGGCACGAAUAGCACAAAAAGGUCAUUUUUCCUUUUAUUUGAUAGCUGCUUGAAUAUCCUUAAAGCCCUGAAAAGAAGCAAAAUAAUAAACAGGAAGAAAACGGAAAACGCUAAUCUGAACAGUUCUUAA